AAAAUAAAAAGUUCUAGAAACUGAUUUUUCACUUGUGACUUUAAACUUUUCAAAAAGUAAACUUUUUUUUGCUUCCGAAGGUUGAAGUUGCGGAAGUGUAAAGUUUUUCCUUUUAGAUGUUUGAGUUUUGGAAGCUAUUUUUAAUUUUUGGGGUAAGAUAGAUAUCCUCUUUCGAAAACAAUCUUGUUCGAGCAACUAUUUUUAAAACAAUCUUGUUCGAGCAACUAUUUUUAAUUUAAGGUGUUGUGAGAAUAAAUAUUGUUAAAAAAAAUAUUGGGUGUGUAGUUCUUAACAAUAUUAGAGUAUGCCCCGUCAAAAAAAACAAUAUUAGAGUAUGCAAAAAUCAAUAUUUUUUUUUAUAUAGCAAAAAUCAAUACCUUACGUACGAGCAGUUUUUUUUUUGGUACAUCGGAAAAUACGAGCAGUUUUUUUAAUACAUUAAAAAAAUAAAGAUGUUUAUAUUUUUUUGAGAGAAAAGAUGUUUGUAUUAAAAGUUUUGGAGGAAAUAAGAUAUCAUUAAAGGUUUUUAAAAAUCAAAUUCAAAACUGACUUUUUAGUUCGAAAUCCUUAAUUUUUUUUUUGGAAGGGAAAUCCUUAACUUGAUCUCAUUUGAUUAUUUUUUGAUUUAUACGUGCAAUACUUCAUUGGAUUAUUAUGAAAUCAAAUCAAAUAUAAAACAGGAAUUUCACAAGUAAUAUAAAAGAGAAAGGGCCUUGAAAAUGGAAUUACAGAUAACUUGGGAUGCAGGCUUCAGAGAUGUGUUUUGCAAUUUGGAUUGUGGUGAGCUUCUAAAAUCCUUGGGAGAGGUUGACAUCAGACGUUUCCUCCCUAUCUUGGUUGAUAUUAUUCAGUUAUUGGAUAGACCGUGGAGAGUCUCUUUGAGUGCCUUCAGUCGUGAUUGUAACAUGCCUGCUGACUGGUUAGCCAAAAGAGGAGCUUCGAACCCAGAACUGCCUUUUUGUCUGCUAGAUACUCCGCCUAUGGAGCUUGAAACCCUCAUUAUGAGGGAUCGUUUGACAGCUUUGUAGUUGUUCUUGUUGUUGUUUAUUUUCCGAUGUAACAAAAAAAAAAAAACCCUAUUCUUCUUCUUUUUUUUGAAAAGCGAAACCUUAUUCUUCUAUUCUCUCUACAUUGAUUCUCCCACAUGAGGAAAUUGGCAAACCCUAUUUCAUGUCUCCCCCACGAUUUGGAGGUAGAAAUCCUGUCGAGAUCGCCGGUGAAAUCUCUUUUGCGUUUCAAAUGUGUGUGCAAGUCAUGGCUCGCAUUGAUUUCUGAUCCCCAAUUCACUAAAUCCCAAUUCGACCUAGCUGCCGCCGUCACCCACCGUGUUCUUCUAAAACGAUGUGAUACAGUUUCUGAAAUUCAAUCUCUGGAUGUAGAAGCAUCGCUUGAUGAUGAUUCUGCUAUCGUAAACCUCACACUACCUCCAGGAACCGUUAGAGACCCAAUGUUUCAGAUAUUUGGUUCUUGUAGAGGCUUUGUAUUUUUAACAGAUGCCCAGUUUAGUGCUAUUACUGUAUGGAACCCAUCAACCGGUGCUCACAUGAAAAUUCCAGUGUUGUAUCUUCAUUCGGAACGUGCACCUGUCCGGAAAGGAAUUGCAAUAUACCAUCCUGGAAUAUGGUAUAAUUUUCUACUUGGUAUUGGGUAUGAAGAAUCAAGUGAUGACUACUUAGUAGUUGUUAUACGAUUGCAGGACCUCCUUCAAAUUCAGGUUUUCUCAUUAAAAACCAAUGUAUCCUCCAUCGUUCAUGAUGUUGAUGUUCACUCUCAAUAUUGGAAUGAAGGAGAUGAUUUUAGACCUGGGAUACUGUUCAAUGAGUCGCUUCAUUGGUUGGUUUACUCUUAUGCUACAAAGUUUGAGGUAGUUCUUGCCUUUGAUUUGAUACAUAGAAGUCUAUUUGAGAUGCCUCUCACACCCGAUUUGGCGAUGGAAUUGGCAUAUGGAAAGGUAUAUCAUUUGAACGUAAUGGACGGAUACUUGUGUCUUUGUUAUGGUGGUGAUGUUGAUUUAGAUAAAAAUGUCGAGAUCUGGGUCAUGAAAAAGUAUAAAGUGACGUCUUCUUGGACUAAAUCUUUUGUUCUACUGCUUACAAGUGUUCCAGACAACAAGUUUGUACCCUCAUGCUUCACUAGAUGUGGCGAUCUUUUUGGAUCACGUGCCUAUGGAGAACUAGUGAAAAUUAAUUUAAAUGACAAGGGACACAUUGUUGAGUAUCGCUCUUGUUUGUCAUGCAAAAAAUUUGUAGGACAUUUUCAUUUUUACCGGGAGAGUCUAUUACCACUACCACAGUAUAAAGAGAGUAGAGGCGGAGGGGUGACUUUCCCCUAACAAGGUGACAAGAAGCCCUGGUUGUAUCAAUGUUUUGGUCUUCUAGAAAUUAUUGUAUGGAAAUCUGAGUGGUUGUAAUGAUGGCAGAGCCAGUGGGGGUGCUCACUGUGGCCCCUCUGCCACCCCUGUUUUUCUUCUUUUACUAGGCUAAUAUAACAGCCCCAGUCAUGUUUUGUUUUACUAAUCCAAGACUAUGCUUGGAAUGGCUACUGUGGUUUGCUGUGUCUAUGCCUUUACGCUGGUGCUUGUAAUUGAGUGGAGGGCCCGUAGUGGGUGAGUUUAUGGUUGAGGGAGUUAUGCGUUAUGGGUGGCUUGUUGCUUGAACUGAUUCUCAAGGGGUGGUGGAGUGGAUUGACAUCUUCUGGACUGUUUUCUGAUGCAGGGGAGUUGUGUAGCUUUUGCUAUGUUCCUAAUGUAUAUUCCCUUUACUCUCUUGGUUUCUGUUUUUACAUUGUAGUAUUGGGUUGG